AUGAACUCUAAGUUGGAAGUGAAAGAGGCAGAGGGGAUCUACUUGAGAAGCUUGACUUAUCCUGAUGAACCUCCUCCUCCAAUCUACAAAGUUGAAGAUGUGAUGUGGACACUGAAAAGCAAUAAGGUCCCUGGAAUGGAUAACAUACAAGCAGAACUAAUUCAAAGUGGUGGAAAGGCACUCAUCUGGGUAUACCAUACGCUUGUCAAUGUGAUUUGGGAGUCUGGUAAAUGGUCCAAGACUUGGACACAAUCCCUGAUGGUUCCUAUUCCUAAAAAGGGAGACCAAGCUAUCUCAUUAUUGACACAUCAGAGCAAAAUAUUAUUGCACAUCAUCCUGAAGAGAAUUGCGCCCAAGAUAAAGAACUUUCUGGCUAAAGAACAAGCUGGGUUUGGGCCCAAAAGAGAAGCCAUAAUAGCAGACAUUCAGAAAAAGAUUACAGAUGCUUUUGAAGUGUUCGACCAUGAAUGCAAUAAAACUGUGGAUGUCAGAGAGAUUGGUACAAUCAUCAGGUCAUUAGGAUGCUGCCCAAGUGAGGGCGAAUUACAUGAUAUGCUUGCAGAGGUAGAAGAAGAAGAACCUACUGGGUAUAUUCGUUUGGAAAAAUUUCUUCCAAUGAUGACAAAAGUAUUAAUGGAAAGAAGAUACCGGCCUAUUCCAGAAGAUGUACUUUUACGUGCCUUUGAGGUUUUAGAUGCGAAUAAAUGCGGACAUCUUACUAAAGAGGAGUUAGUCAAAUAUAUGACUGAAGAAGGUGAACCUUUUACACAGGAAGAAAUGGAGGAGAUGCUGUCUGCUGCUGUAGAUCCUGAAACAAAUACUGUUCGUUACAGAGAUUAUAUUACAAUGAUGGUAGUAGAUGAAAAUUAG